AUGACCGCCCAAGAUACGGCUCUUGGGACCUUGGAAGUUCUAGAGAACAUACUUCUUCACCUUGAUCUCAAGUACAUCUUGACAUCCGCUCAACGUGUAUGCCACCGAUGGCAAGAUUUGAUUUCGACGUCACCCUCCCUUCAGAAAUAUCUCUUUUUCCAGCCUGACUGGGAUCGAGAGGAUAGACAACGCAAUCCUCUGUUAGCCGAAAUCUUCCCCGACUGGUUCCCCGAUUUUCCCACAUCCGAGAAGCAGUGCAAAAGCCAUGGCAUUGAAACUGGUACCAGUGACAUAAAAUCCAGCUGGAAACGCAUGUUGGUUCAACAACCUCCGAUUCGUGAUAUUAUCUUCUUUCUGGUGCAAAGCGGUCGAGGCGGCACAUGUCUUAGAGGGCCGUAUACCAAGACCGUCGAAGAUUCACGGACACACUGGUUCAGCGUAACAGAUCCGCUCACGAUGAACGAUUUUAUCCGCCAAGUCCCUUGUGGUAGCUUACGCAAAACAAUGGUCUUGUGGGACAAUGAAGACCAUAAAAUCCCAUCUGAAUUUCAGCACUAUUCAUUCAACAAGAAGGAGAGACAGUUCCUUCAGGGGGCACUGGAAGAAUGUGGAAUGAUAUUGUUGGAAUUCACAGUAAUACAAUGUGGAAAGGGGCAUUCUGGAGGUGCAAGACGGAGGAAAAGAUUUGGUACUCCUUUUUUCGAGCCACAGGUUGACGAUGCAGAAGAUUUAGAAGACGAAAAAGAUGAUGGUGAAGAUGAUGAAGAUGGAGCUGACGACGAUGAACAUGAAGAUCGUGCAGAUGCUUAG